AUGGUCUCGCAAGAGUUGAGUCAUUGUGGCUCACACCUCAAUGUUAAAGACAUACAUGUCCGUACUGCAACCAUGAAGACUUUGCCAAAAGAAGAACUUGUGCGGAUGAAAAUUGCAACAAGUUUGUUACGUGGGGAGCACAAUGACUUGCGAAGAAGCUUGGAUGAGAAGAUCAUUACCGUAUACAUGGGACAUGGAAUCCAGUUUGUCCAUGAUGUUGCAAAGAUUUUCCACUUUUGUAGAUCCAAAUGCCACAAGAGCUUUAAAAUGAAGAGGAAUCCUCGUGAAGUAAAAUGGACCAAGGCAUAUAGGCGAGUACAUGGAAAGGAUAUGACAAAGGAUUUAACAUUUGAGUUUGAGAAAAAGCGAAAUAGACCUGAGAAAUAUGACAGGAAUGUUAAGGAGGAUGUCCUCAAGGCCAUUUCUAAGAUUGCUAAGAUUAGAGCCACCAGGGAGGAAACACACCAUAAGAAAAUUUCGAUUCAAUCCGACUAUGCCAAGCCCGAGGGGCUUGUUUUAGUCCAUAAAGAGCUUUCUUCAAUUUUGUAA